AUGGGUAAUAAGCAAUCAAAAAAGCCAGGCCGUAGGCGUGCAAAAAUGCUGACUCCAGAACUUAUGCAGCCUUACUACAACAUAACUGAUACUUACUAUCAAAAUAAAUCACUUUAUUUAAUUGAUAAUGAGGACAACAAGACUAAUUUAUUGAUUUAUAACACUGAGAGUGAUACCAAAGAAAAAAAAGUUAUAAAAACUCGAUAUCCGCUAGACUGGGGCACAUGCAUAGCUCAGCUUCCAAAUGGUAAAUUAUUUUGUUAUGGUAGAAGAGAUCCACUUUCUGGGAUCACGCUCAUUGUUGAUGAAAAUGGUGAAAUCGAGAAACUGCCAUAUGGAUGGCAUUGCUCCUUUUCUUCAGCUAUCUAUUACAACAACAGCGUCUAUUGCUUUGGAGGGUUUGAUUAUAAUCAACUUUUCUUAAAAUAUUCCAAUAGAUUUGAUUUGGUUCAAAAAAGAUGAAUCACAUUAAAUGAUAUUCCAAAAGCUGAUGCAUCUUGCACUGGCAUAGCAUUUAAAGGGAAUAUUUUGAUUACUGGACAUUGAAAUACAUAUCUUUUGUUGUAUUCGAUUGAUAUUAACUCUUUCUCUAAAAUUCCUUUUGACUACCCAAAAAUGGAAAAUAAGAUCCUGGUAAAUGCAGGAAGGAGAUUGUUUUUGAUUGGAAGAUUAGUGAUUUAUGAGAGCGAUACUGAAAGAUACACUCAUUGGAGAUGAAUUACUAGAGCAUCAGCUGGUUUUGAUUUUCAUCAAGUUAACUCUACAUAUUGUUCAGGAGCAAUAUAUACAGGGUAUAUAACUACGAAAAAAAACUUCUACUUCAAGUUUAACCUGGACGAAAAAAGGAUAACUGAACUCCUUUAA